AUGGCCGGUCCACCCUUGCCUCGGGAGCAACCUCCACUGCAUAAUGGCAACAUGAAUGAAGAAAACUUUGAAAAAGUCAAGAUUAAGCCACAAAAGCAAAAGGAAAUUAAAGUUGACGCCAGGCAUGUGGCUGAAAGCCAACACGCCGGCAAGUUGCUGAACACGUUUAGCUCCUCUUUUGACUUUGCCCACCACUCACAAUGGAUGGGCAGACCGUUUAUAUUAAAGGCUAUCAUGGUGGAUUUCGACGAUGGCAAAACGAUUGAUGUUUUGAGGAUUCGGAAUCCCAAGGACUCAAGUGUUCUAGGGACCACAGAUGACAUACGGUGCUCCUACAGUUCUAUUAUCCAUAUAUCUCCGCGCAUCAUUCCAGAACUCUCCGUCCAGCCGGCUUUUACAGAUUUUGGUUGA